CAGUAGCCUACAUAAAGAAAAGUACAAAUGAAAGACAGUAAUAUACUGAAUAUAAAGUAAAAUAAACCAAUAAAGACGCAUUUAAAACAGUGAAAUUAUUAUUCAAAUAGAGGGAGAAAGGUUUUAUAAUAAUGCAGACAUUUGUUUUAUUUUCUGUUGUUAAUUUAAAGUAGCGAUUUCAGACGGGACUUUAACUCGAGAUUAAAAAAAUGAUUAAACAGGGGUGGUGACGUAGUUCCGGUAAAAUCUCAGCCAGCCUCAUCAUAUCCGGUUUAAUUUCCGGUUUCUGAUCGCUUUCACUGCUGCUUCUAAAAUCCGGCGAUGUCGGGGAAAAGCUAUAAAUUUCAACGGACUAUUAGUUCUACAGCCGAGCAUUGUUGUGUGCCGUUAUGCGCCGCAUCCAGUAAAUACAACUCGGCGCUCAGUUUUCACACGUUUCCAAAGGAUUUCGAAACAAGACGAAAAUGGAUUUCUGCGAUUAGGCGAGAUCACUUCGCGGUCAGCCCUCAUACCCGCGUUUGUAGCCGGCAUUUUACAAACGAAGAUGUUCGUGAGCCCCUAUCUGAGACAGCUAGACGAUUGUUGAGGAAGGGAGCAGUCCCUGCCUUGUUCGAGUGGAACAAUUUCUCUCUUCCACUUUCAGGACAGGCGGGGGAGAGGAGGGAGGUGUGUGAGAGGAGGGAGAGGCCAGUAGAGGAGCAGGACACAUCAUGUGAGGAGGCAGCUGGCAUCACACAUGACCACGACUACGCUGCAGCUCCAGAUCCGGCACUUGUAGACCUAGCUCUCGAUGAAAACAAGGCCCUAAGAAGUGAGAUCGACCAGCUGAGAAAACAAGUCCAGACACUUCACUUGAAGCAGCGUUUUGGCAUUCACCGGUUUGCAGGCUCAGACGGAGACAUACGUUUUUUCACAAGGUUUGGAUCUUAUGACCUCCUCAUGCGCUUCUGGACCCAAAUAGAACCUGCAGUACCAUCUAUGGUCAGGGUGACACCAGCACAGAGAGGCAACUUCACAGAGCCCACUUUUCCAGCAGCUCACUCGUUGCAGCCCGUAGAUGAGAUGUUCAUGUUUUUGAACUAUCUUGCACUUGGUUUGAAACAGCAUGACCUUGCUGACCGGUACGGAGUCCACCAGUCCACAGUCAGUCGCAUUAUAACAACAUGGAGCAACUUUCUGUACGCUGUGCUUGGGUCAGUGAGGAUCUGGAUACCAGAGGAGAAAAUUAGGGAAAAUUUGCCAACAGAGUUUAAGGACUACGCAGACACCACAGUCAUCCUAGACUGCACAGAGCUGAGGUGCCAGUGUCCAACAUCACCGCAUCUCCAAAGCGAGGUAUACUCUGCAUACAAGUCCAAUUGCACUCUCAAAGGGCUGCUGGGAGUUGCACCUCACGGGGCAGUCACCUUCAUCUCUCCGCUGUAUGCUGGAUCAAUUAGCGACAAACAGAUCACCCGAGAGUCUGGAAUUCUCUCCCUUUUGAAACCUGGGAUGGCUAUCAUGGUUGACAGAGGUUUUCUUGUUGAUGACUUUGUGCCAUGUAAGAUCUACAGGCCGGCAUUUCUCUCUGGCAGAUCUCAGAUGUCCGCUUCUGAGGCCAGGGAGACACAGGCCAUUGCACGUGUCAGGGUGCAUGUGGAGCGUCUCAUACGCCGAGUAAAGGAACACAAGUUCUUCGAGACAGAGAUUCCACUCCGGUUUUUUGGAAACAUUAACCAACUUUAUUCUGUUGCAUGUCUCCUGACAAACUAUGAAAAUGGGCCUCUUGUUAAGUCUUGGUCCAAGAAGCCAGAGUAGUGUCGGAAUCUGGGCUGCAACUGUUCAUUGAUUUUAUCUUUUAGGGCGAAAUGAUAAUCUUGUAAUUAGCAAUUAUCUGUAUAUAUUAACAUGAAAUCUGUUUGGUGUUGUUGAAGUCAUUGAAUAUUGGUUUGUUGAAAUACAUUCACUUUGGACCCAGAUUUCUUUUGCUUACCUUCUUUUCUUUAGAAAUUACAUUUAUACAUGAAACAACACUCCUACAACAACAUGCUAUUGAUCACAUUAUAUUGCAGAACAUACAUUCUCACAAGUGUAAAACAUUUCAUUUUUAAACACAAUGGAAACAUUAUAACCAAAAAAUGAACGUAGUGCAAAACAACAACAUACAUUUAAAAUUGAAUCCACCAUGGAGAACACACUGCUGACGCCUUUGCUUCCUACUGAGCAUUUUUGCUUGGCAGUCUAAUUUCAGUCUAGCCAUCUAAGGAAGUGCGUAGGUACACAUA